AUGAGUGGGGCUGGUGGUGUAGGAAUGCGCGGCCGAGACAUGCCUUGGAGAGGCGAGCUACGCGGCGACGGCACGCACGACAAGAACAUGACUCACGAACGGGAGAGAGGCAGAGACCACGACCGCGAACGCGAUGGCAAGGACGAUCUGGCGGUGCAGCAGCAGAGCCAGUACAAGCGACAGCGCCGAUCACCCAACCAGGCGCACAAUAUACGGUCUAACGGUCCGCAGGGAGUGGACUGGAACGGAGACCAUAGAGACGCGGAAGGUUCUGGCCUACCCGCCAAUCUGGUCAACGGCACGAGUCCAGUGCAGAAUUCGCACAACUACAGCCCCAACCUUCCCUUCAAUCGCGUCGCAGGGCAAAGCACUACCAACCCUAGCCAUAGUGGCAGUGUGGAUAGUAUUAAGGUGCGUGUGGGCCAGAACGGUCUUAUCAAGGACUACACGCUGGCGCUGAGGGAUCUGAACUUUCUCCCGCCUAAUAAUAAAUUAGUAGUGGCGCUGCGAGAACCCAGAGAUGCCGACGGUGCCGCGAGACUCAAUCGCAAUCCUCUAGUGUUUCCAUAUGUGCUACAGUAUCUGGCGACCGGCCACAAGACGCUCUCCUUACCCCCGGACG